AUGUCAGAUCUUACGGAGCCGAGACGCGCGUCGGAGCCGAAGAAGAGUCGCCGCGCGGCGUAUCGGGGGACGCGGUGGUGUGCACGCUUCUCGGUGCCGUUCGUUCUUCACGAUAGGGCGCAGUGCGUGAUAAAGUGGGCCGGGAGGAGCAGGCGAACAAGAAGAAGAGGUCCGACGCCAGUCGGAUCCGGAUGUAACGCGGCGGCGGGCAACACCACAGGCCGGACCGUAAGCCUUUGUUCGUUGGCGGAUCUGCGCGGCGGCGGCUGGAUACCAGAGAGAGGGUUGCUUGCUAUAGAGAGACCAGUGACGGGAGCAAUUAGUGCUCUUGGCCGAUCGUCGGGACCAUGAUGGCUCAAUUCACCAAGAGGCAAUGGCUCACGCUGAUCGUCAUCAGCCUCGCCGACUUCGCGAACGCUAUUUGCGUGUCGCUGCAGGCGCCGUUCUACCCCCAGGAGGCUGAGAAGAAAGGCGCAUCUCCCUCGGAGUAUGGUUUGGUUUUUGGAAUCUUCGAAUUGGUCGUUUUCAUUAUCAGUCCUGUGUAUGGACAGUAUUUGCACCGCAUCGGGCCGAAGUUGCUGUUCAACGGCGGAAUACUGACGACGGGCACUUGCGCGAUCUUCUUCGGUCUGCUGGACAAGGUCAACGGCCAUUAUCCCUUCAUAGUUCUCUCGUUUGUAAUUAGGAUCGUCGAGGCGAUGGGCAACGCGGCCUUCCUUACGGCCAGCUUCGCCAUUAUCGCGAAAGAGUUCCCGGACAAUGUGGCCACAACCUUCGCGAGCCUCGAGACAUUUUUCGGGCUGGGCCUCAUUGUCGGGCCCACGGUGGGCGGCGCCCUCUAUCAGGUCGGCGGCUACACGACGCCGUUCGUUGUCCUGGGCUCGGCCUUGUUCACGACCGCCGUAAUGACCAUUUUCAUUUUACCGGUGCAUCCAAAUAGCAGCGAGGCUACGCAAUCCACCGGCGGGGUGACGAAGGUUCUCAAGGUCCCAGGUGUAUUGGUCGCCACGUCGUCCAUAAUUGCGACCAGUAUGAGCAUAGGAUUCCUGCAAGCCACGCUGGAACCGCAUUUAAGGCAAUUCGAAUUGAGUCCCGUAAUCUUGGGUCUAAUGUUCGUACUUAACGGCGGCACUUACGCCAUUACAGCUCCGGCGUGGGGUUGGCUUUGCGACAAGCAUUCCCAUCCGAAAGUGGCUACAGCGGCAGGGUGUAUUCUAGUGUGCGUAGGUUUCUGUUUGGUGGGCCCAGCGCCCUUUAUACCGAGCCAAACAAUCAUCUGGUUAACAAUCACGGGUCUCGUCAUCCACGGUUUGGGCAUGGCUGCGCAACUGGUUGCCAGCUUCACGGAUGCCAUGAGAACGUCGAUAGAUUACGGGUUUCCGAACAAUCUCGAGACGUACGGUCUCAUUAGCGGCCUGUGGACAAGCACCUUCGCCCUUGGAGCUUUCAUCGGGCCCAGCGUGGCCGGAAUCCUCAUGGACAAUAUUGGCUUCAGGAACGCCAGCAUGUUCAUCGUGAUGCUUCAUCUGAUAGUGGGUGUGUUGGCGGCGACGUUCCUGAGCAGCUGCACGCAAAGACGAAAACAGUACACGGAGAUCGGUGCGGCGGAGGAGUUGAGGAUACCGCUGACAGACAGCGAGCGAUCGCGAAGCGGCAGCAUGCGGCACGGCGGACGGGGCCAGGGCGUACCGAUCGACAGGCCCAGCGGCAUGAAUUCCCUGAUCGCGUGCAACAGUUACUCGAACAGGGCCGGCGCGUGGUCCCGGGCGUCGUACAGCGGCCGCUAUUCCCACAGUUACGGGUCCGUCGAGGCGAAGAGAACUGACCUCGGUUUUCUCGGAGCCGAGUCGAAUGCUGGAAAUUAAUCGAGCCGAGUCGGUAGAUAUUUAUGCGAAUAUUUAUGCGAAUUCCCGGUUUCGUAUGUUAUCUUUAGACAGAAUCUUCUGUCUAUCUUUUAUUAUCUAAGAGAUUCUUCUUCUGGAAAAUACAGGAAAAAUCAGUGUCAUCCGAAUCUACAAAAUGCAUUUUGUGAAUUUUUGUUACAGGCUCGGAUGAAACAAAAUUAAUUAAUUCAUACUUUGUUGUUGUUCCAAAGAUGCAUUUUAGUCAUUGUAUCGUAGACUGGUGCAUUCUAUAUUCUAAAAACAAUUUGGUUCAUUUUGUCCAGUUUCAAAAAGGUUUUGAAAAAGUUGUACCGCUUUAAAGGGUGUCAGUUUAUACAUAUUCACCCCCUCUCUCCUCGCCACUGUAUUUUGCGAAGAAUCACCCUUGUCUCGAAGGGGUGUAGUCACCAAAAACUCCUGUAAACGAAUUGUACAAAGACGAAUAAAUUUAACUUGAAACCAGAA